UUUGCGCUUGUGGGAUGCGCGAACUGGUUUUGCAAGUGACGGAGUGUUGAGUGUAAAAGCCUGUUUUUUCUGCUUUUUGGCUCUAUACCCCUAGUCCAUUCAGUGGCUACCCCGCAGAAAAGCACGCCAAAAUGGCUGAUAAAGAAGUGUACGAUGACGCUGUGGAGGAGAGAGUAAUAAAUGAGGAGUACAAGAUCUGGAAGAAAAACACACCGUUCCUGUACGACCUAGUCAUGACACACGCGCUCGAGUGGCCAAGUUUAACAGUGCAGUGGCUUCCUGAUGUCAACAGGCCUGAGGGGAAGGACUAUGUGGUUCACCGGCUGGUGUUGGGCACACACACUUCAGACGAGCAAAACCAUCUGGUCAUCGCCAGUGUUCAGAUCCCCAAUGAUGACGCUCAGUUUGACGCUUCCCACUACGACAGUGAGAAAGGAGCAGAAUUUGGAGGGUUUGGAUCAGUUAGUGGAAAAAUUGAGAUUGAGAUUAAGAUCAACCAUGAAGGAGAAGUGAACAGAGCCAGAUACAUGCCACAAAACCCCUGCAUCAUCGCCACCAAGACCCCCACCUCUGACGUGCUGGUGUUUGACUACACCAAACACCCAUCCAAACCAGACCCCAGUGGAGACUGUAGUCCAGACCUGAGGCUGCGGGGACAUCAGAAAGAAGGCUAUGGUUUGUCCUGGAACCCCAACCUCAGUGGAAACCUGCUCAGUGCAUCUGACGACCAUACGAUCUGUCUGUGGGACAUCAGUGGUGCACCAAAGGAGGGGAAGAUAGUCGAUGCCAAGACCAUCUUCACGGGGCACACAGCUGUGGUGGAGGACGUGUCCUGGCACCUUCUACAUGAGUCUCUGUUUGGCUCUGUGGCUGAUGACCAGAAACUCAUGAUCUGGGACACACGAUCCAAUAACACCUCAAAGCCCAGUCACUCUGUGGAUGCUCACACAGCCGAAGUCAACUGUCUGUCCUUCAACCCCUACAGUGAAUUCAUUUUGGCCACUGGCUCAGCGGACAAGACUGUUGCAUUGUGGGAUCUGCGUAACCUGAAGCUGAAGCUUCACUCAUUUGAGUCCCAUAAGGAUGAAAUCUUCCAGGUCCAGUGGUCUCCUCAUAACGAGACCAUCCUGGCCUCCAGUGGCACUGACAGACGCCUCAAUGUUUGGGACCUGAGUAAAAUUGGAGAAGAGCAGUCUGCAGAGGACGCAGAGGAUGGGCCUCCUGAGCUGCUGUUCAUUCAUGGUGGGCACACGGCUAAGAUUUCUGAUUUCUCCUGGAACCCAAAUGAACCCUGGGUAAUCUGUUCCGUGUCAGAGGACAACAUUAUGCAAGUAUGGCAGAUGGCUGAGAACAUCUACAAUGAUGAAGAGCCAGACACCCCUGCGUCAGAGCUGGAGGGACAGGCAUCAUAACUGCUCUCAUUCUAAAUGUACAACCCUUUUCAUGGCUUCUUACUCUUCACAAUUUGCUUUUCAGUAUUAUUCCGUAAAGUCCAUUUACUCCCCAUUCCAUGCAUUCUGAUACUUCGUCCAUGACAGGGUCUCUUCCUGGACACAUAUCUAAAAGGUUCACCCAUCAUCCGUAGCAGUAGAGUAGUUUGGUUUGGAUGGUUUGGAAGACUGCACCACUUGUUCAAUCACUUCUGAGAAGUUACGGCCUGGUGUGGCUUAUCACAAAUUUAUUUUCUCUCUCUUUUUGUGCAUAAACCUGGUGUCAAUUUGCAAUAAAUCUUUUGUAAUAACUUUUAAAAUGAUUUUGUAUUCCAAAAUUGUUGAUAAUUGUCUGUACGCCAUUUAAUUCUAAAAAUAAAGUACAGAUGCACUGUUA